UGUACACACUGCCUCAUCGAUCUGGAGCGGGCUGAUUGAUUACCCGCGUGUAAACGGUUGGGCGCAUUGUAGCGUGAAUCCUGCCUAUUCAGCCCCAAGUAACAAAACAGCCCUACUUAACAUUUUCUGUCGCUGCUGUCGUUGAAGACGCUACGUAUUCAUCCAAUCGUCACAUCCGAUAGACGACGAUAUCAGCCACGCCAUCAUCGUCAAGAUGCGCCUCUCCCUCCUCGUUGCUAUCGCUAUGGCUGUCAUAACACCCUGCCUGGCAGCUCGUCCGCCACCAAAGCUCGACGACGAGCUUCUCAAGGCUUUGCCCUUUGACGCAGACUGGGGAGCUGCAGCUCGCGUCUACGAAAUGCCAUGCCCAACCUGCCGUAUCGGCCCAAGUGACCCUCUCGACAAUCUGCCCCUCACUGGUCCCCAACCUGGCGAAGUGUUCCCCGAGAGCAUCCUGCGGGUCAACAUCUCGGUUGAGCAGACCAACGACCAGGAUGCCUUAUUGAUCAACGGGUGCCAGUUCUACCCAUCGCCCACGCUAUGCAGUUCCAGCACCGUCCGUGCCGACCAGUAUGUCAAGUCGGAGUGCGGGACGUGGGAGUACAAGGCGAGCCCGUAUACGGCGUUUAGAUCGACAAGAGAGCAUACGAAUGACAAUGUGCUUGGCCGGGGUAUCGCCGCCAAUGUCUUUCGCCUGUGGAUUGGCCGUGUCGCCACCAGGUUGAUUAAGCCAGAGCCUGAGAUCAAUGUUCGCUUGCUCAUCUUUCCAAAUGGCCAGUUGCUCAUUGCGACGGGUGCUGCCUAUGUGCCAACGUCGCCAAAAUCGACUUGUGAGUCACAGCCACCGCAGCCACAGUCGUCGUGCAAUAGUACGACAUCACCCAAUGCUACCGGCGUAUGUGCUGUUGUGCCCUCUCAUCCGCCUGGUAUUAAUGGUGCGGCGAGCGCCGUAGUAGGGACGCUGGGAGCUUUGGUGGUCUUGGUGUGGGGAGGUGUGUAUUUCUUUUAGAGACGGUGGAUAGAGAAAUGUCUUCUUAUAUUGCUAGUUGUAAUAUUUUAUAAAUCCUGGUGUGUAUAUACGACUUUUUGAUUCCC